CCGUGCCCGGCGCGCGUGGAUAGACGUGCGCGAACGUCGCCGAGCGCGACCACCAGCGAAAAGAGCGAGCGCCCCUAAACGCAGCACGGGAUCGCGGAUCGGGCACGUCGCGAUCGCCGCGCUUCCUCCUCCUCCUCCUCCUCCUUUUGGCCUCCUCCUCUUUUACCACCUCCGCCUUCUCUCCUCCCUUGCGAGUGCUGUUUACUUUGCACUAACGUCUAACGAUCGUGCCUACGGAGAAUUCCUCUCGUCGAAGAUAUCGCCCGUUCGCACGACUUGCGCCAACGAGAAAAAGUCGUAACAAGACGCGCGGAUGAAACGGUAUACCUGAUACGAUAACGCGGCUCGCAGAUCGUAGACGGUCGAAACGCCACGACGCACGAUUCUGUGUGUACACACGCUCGGCUCAACCUGUACCGGAAGUUUCACUACCACACUGUCACCGUUACCAUCGUCGUCGCCACCAUCACUACCACUACCAUAUCAAUCCGCUCUCCGAUCAGCCAACCGUUUGUCUCCUCCUGUCGCUGCUCGUCCAGCCCGAUCAGCUGAUCGCUCUUUGGCCCCCCCGUGCGGUCACUUCGGUCGUUUUGAUGUUUGCCCGGUGCUGCUGCUGUUGCUGUCGACGACCGUUGUCGUGUUGAAAGAAUAUUCGUUCGAAUCUAAUCUGUCCAACGACGUGUAUGAUCGUGUUCUCGCGUAAACGCUACCUAAAUUCAUGACCGUUGAAAACGAGCCGGCUUUCGACGAACUUUACUCGUGACGGAGAAUUGAGGGAGAAUCUGUCACGUUUGUUUCCCGGAAUCAGACGUAAACACUGCUACGAAUUAUGGAAACUGGCGGUGCAUUGCGACCUUUACACGUACUACUUACGGGUCCACCAGGGAUUGGUAAAACUACAGUGUGCAAAAAAAUCGCGUUCGCGCUGGAGAAAAAGGGCAGCAGGUUUGAUGGAUUUUACACAGAGGAAGUGCGAGAUCAGAGAGGCUCCAGAAUUGGCUUUGACAUUGUGCGAGUAAAGGAUCCUGGAAACAGAUUAUCCUUAGCAAAAUUAACUUCAACAGAUGCUCCAAAUAAAAGCUCUCCCAGGUAUCAAGUAGGAAACUACCAUGUUUUUCGAGAUAAUUUCGAGACUAUAGCGCUUCCAAUAUUGGAUUUGGACACUGAUAUAUUGCUUAUCGAUGAAAUCGGCAAAAUGGAAUUAUUUAGUGAAGACUUUAAGAAAAAAAUAAUGAACAUAUUUUUCGAUUCUCCUAAGAAAGCUUUUGUAAUCGGGACUAUUCCGCAAAUACACAAAACACCGCAACGACACGCGGAACUGUUCGAGAAGUUACAUGCAGACAAAGGAAUUAAGAUUUUGAAAGUGACUCGUGGAAAUCGGAAUGAUUUACCAGAGGAAAUUAUACGUUAUUUCUCAUAAAUUUAUAUCAAUUAACGCAUUCGUUAUUUAUUAGUCAUCGCGUAAAAUAAAAUAUCA